GUUCACGCUCGGUUGGAUUUGCAAUGAACGGCGGGUGUUAAAAGGAACAGCCGUGCAGUAUUGUUAUAAGAGAGCUCAAUAAUGUUCACUCACAAAUCGUCUAACUGUCCAAGGGCUAGUUAAAUUGUGUGUUUUGGAUAUGUUUUGUGGAACGUGAGCUAUGUUCACGUUUGUUGGAAUAACUGUUUUAAUUCUGUUUGAUACGCUGGUAUUACGUGUAAGCAGUGACGACUGCUGUUCAGGUAUUCCUGAUGAGGCCAGUAGCUGCAGAGGGAUCUGCAUUAAGAUGGGGCAGACGAGGGACUCCAUUGAGCAGAUCUCUCUAUUGUUGACAGCCCCUCGCAUGUGUCCAGACCACCUGGGCGAAUUAUGGAAAUGUUUGGAACACAUGGCUCCAGUGCUGUCAGACCUGCGCAUGUUUUCAGGACGACCUUGCUGCAACCUUACCAAGACAAAGACAUGCAGGGAGGCCUGUGUUAAGGCUCAAUCUGCCCAGGAUGUGCUGAGUCACUGCAGUCAAAGUACAGAGGACCACAUCCUGUUCCAGUGCAUUGAAAGGCAAAAGGAUGCAGAACCGUGCUGUGGCCAUGUAAGUGGCGAGGACAGCUUCGCAUGCCAGGCCACUUGCUGGAGUAUGUACUUCACUAACACAGUGAUCUCCCCUGACAGCAAGCGCCAACUGCGCCACUAUUGUAAGGACGGACACCGUGACGUCGUCAACUGCGUAAACAAACAGACACGAACAACACGGCAGAGCAGUAGCUUAGAGACUCUCCACUGCUGCGACUCUGCCUCUAAUCAGUUGUGCAUGCAGAUGUGCAAGGAGACGCUGCAGAGCGACUUGGAUCCAGAUCAGAAAAUGAACCAGGUCAUUGAGGCAUGUGGCACUGUUGAUCUAAAGGAUCCACUAUACAUGUGCUUUUUGAAGAAUCCCCAAUACCCGUUGACCCCUAAGGAAGAGGACCUGGUGGGCAUUGACACAGCCAAGCUGCAUUGUUGUGAGAAGGCAGAGUCAGAAAGAUGUGGAUCCCUCUGUGUCAAGACCCACGGUCAUAAGUGGGCGACGUUCCGCAAGUUUGAGCAAAGUUGUGGUGUGAUGUCCUCUCCCAUCUCUACCAUGGAAACCUCCAUGCACAGCUGCCUCAAGGACGUGGAGGAGCCAUGUCAACUGGGCUGCAGUGGUCUGCAGUACUGUACCAACCUGAACCACAGGCCCACGGAACACUUCCGCUCAUGUAACCUUGAUGCUGACAACGCUGCACGCAGAGACAUCCUCUUGUGGCAGAACGGAACCAUUGACCUCCCCAACCUCUCUGUGCCUGUGAAAGACAUUCGCACAUGUGAACCAGAGAUGUUCAAGGCAAUAGCCUGUGCAUACCAAAUCAAGCCCUGCCUUAGAAAAGCUGCACCAUUGCAAAUCUGCCAGGAAGACUGUGUGUACAUGAACAAGUGUGUGGACAAGACACGUGUGGAUGGUAAGAUGGUACUGGACCGGUGUAAACGUCUCCCCAAGGCCAGCAGUGGAGAGUGCAUUAGUGUGGGCCAGUACAAGGUCGAGAGCCCCCACAAACAUCCUGUCAUGGAUGUGACAAACCCUUGUAAGCCAAGCCCGUGUGCAGAGGAUGAGGUGUGCGUUAUAUACAGAAGGAAGUGCCGACAUUCUUCCUCAUGCCCCCAUUACGUGUGCAAAAAAGGCUGCAAGCUUGGUCAGGUGUCCAAGGUGUUGGUACCAGUGAGGAGCGUAGUUUUAAUACCUGAAUACAAGAACAACGAGAUGUCUACGGAUAGUUGCGUGCACUACCGUUUGUGCCACUGCUCUAGUGAAGGACACAUUGGCGCUUGCAAAGAUGUCAGCUGCGUACCCAAUAACCACUGCAGGACAGAGAACUCUCUCAGAAUAUUUCAGCAUGGUCAGUAUUUUACUCAAGGAUGUAACGACUGCGUCUGCUUUGGAGGCCGCAGUGUCUGCAGCAGACAGCAUUGCGUCUCAGGGACACAUAACACUUAUACAGGCAUGCUAAACUGUGAGUGUCCAGCCGUGUACAAGCCAGUGUGUGGGGUCAAUGGAAGGACGUACCCCAGCGCGUGCAUGGCGCAGUGCGCAGGCCAGGUGCGCUUCAUGGAUGGGGACUGCAGUCAGCACUCUUCCUGCACGCCUAACCCCUGUGAGACAGGCUACAGGUGUGUUGUCCACAGACAGGUGUGCUUUGGAGCAAGCGAUGAAGCCUGUUUGCAAUACAGAUGUGUGCCAGAGGUCGUGAACCAGUGCAAUAUUCAUGAUCGUGACCCAGUGUGUGACAGUCAUGGAGUAGAGUUCACCAACGAGUGUAUCAUGCUAGCCAAGGGACAUAAGCAGGGAUACCGUGGACACUGUGUGAUUUGCAAGUGUUCAGCUUUGGGCCCAGUGUGUGGACAAGAUGGGGAGACGUACAACAGCGAGUGUGCGGCGCUGGCAGCCAGAUCCACCGUGGAUUACCAGGGACUCUGUAAAACAUACCCCACCCGCAUACUACGGCCAGGGGAGGUAAUGCACAGCUCACUGUGUGAUGGGGUAGUGUGUGCAGCAGUUGUUCCCCCUGGAUGUCAAGGAAUCAUACCUCCUGGGGCGUGCUGUCCUGUUUGUGCCUCCAGUUUGCUAGUGCUGAGUCUAGAAGCCCUAGGAUCCAUCUCUAUUGAGGCUCGUAGAGGGCCUCUUACUGUGCAGCAGAUGCUGGGGGCAGUGUCUGACAUGCUGGAGAUAUCAGAGUGUGACGUGUUUGGCUACCUGAGCAUCACAGGCGACAUCGUGCUUAUUGUGAAAACAGUGGUGGAUAACCCUACAUUUGUGCAGGUUCAAGCCUGCAUAAAGGAGGCAGAGAGGCUGGAGUACCUGAUCCAGUCCCGCAAUCCUGCCAUCACCUCUAACCUGGUCCUCACCCCCAUGUUGUAUGCAACACUACAUGCCCCCACCCUGACGCUGGCCUCAGUGGGUGCCAUGUUCAACACUCAACCCUUGCAUGUGAUUGUAACACUGAUACUCUUGCAUUUUACUCAUCGAACAUUUGGUGUAUUAUGAAAGCUUUUGUUAUAUAUUCUUUGUACAUCAUUAUCAUGCAACUAUUAUGUUGAUCUACUCCACCAAUGAAAUUCAAGUCCAAAGAUAUCGGGAAUGAAUGGCAUAUCAUGCAUGCAGAUGAAAGUUCAUCAUGAGGUCAGCUGACGUUCUGUGCUCCUCAGAAAGGAAACUCAAGCUUAGAGCUUGUGGGUAUUAACUUGACUUUUGCAUGUUGAUAAUUUUGAAUCUCAGGCAUAGCGAUCCAGAUGCUGUCUUCUGUUAUCAUGAUCACUGUUGUUUUUGUGUUGCCAUGGCAGUUGUGAUGUUCAGGUGUAUCAGAAUGCAUAAUACUUAAAAGCCCAUUUACACUCAAAAUCAACAAAUAUUUUGUACAAUUUUUUCAAAAAAUAAAAUUAACAUAUAAAAAUCAAUGUUCCUUAUAGCAGCAGCAAAAAUUUUAAUGCAAGAUGUCGUCUGGUAAUAUGGAUUUAACGGGAUACAAAAAUGCUUGUUAAUAUUUUUUGUGUGUCACAUUAUAUUCCAUGUGAAUUUCCAGCGGCAAAGGAUUUCCAAACAUUUACGUGCAAACGUGAGAUUGGCUUGAUUCAGAUUGGGAGGCUCGAUGUUGUUCUCAUGAAAACGUCAUUCUUCCGACGACGCCCAAAGCCAGUCGCGCAUUUGCUCUUAAAUGUGAUGAUAUCGUGGCGGGAAAUUAACAUGGAAUACAUUGUCGCACAAAAAAUAAGCAUUUUGUAUCUCAUUAAAUCUAUGUUACAGUACCACAACUAGCGUUGGAAGUUUGGCUAUUGCUUUAAGGAACACUCAUUUUGUAUGGGUUAACCUUAUUUAAUGAAAUAAUUUGCGAAAUAUUUGUUGAUUUUGAGUGUGUUUAUGUUACUUUAUACUAGUAAAUAGUAUUUGCAUAAACAGCGACUGCAUGAACAGACGCAGAACAUGCCAAAUUAAUACUGCUAGUUGUUUAUUUUAGCCUUUUUGAGAUUGACAGUAUUUUAAAAUUUGAUUUUACUUUUUUCACAUAUAAUCUCAUUGUUUAAGUGUUUGUUAAACUUAAUGUAAAUUGAAUUGCUUUUUCUGAAUUGUAAAGUAUUGUACUCUGACUAUGGGAAAGGCAUCAGGAAAUGAUAUUUAUCAACUGUUAUUUGGAUGCCAUUUUAUCUUUGUAUUUUUGAAACAAAGUAAGUGUGGAAGCAUCUCAAUUAACUUUGUAUGUUAGGAAAAACACCAACAUCAUGCAAUUCAUUAUGUUUCAUCUUUGUUUUUGGUAACUGCCAUAUUAAUACAUGUAUGUAGGUAGAGUUCCAAAAUUCCAGCAAACAAUCUGUUAAAGACGGCUUUACUUGUGCCUCAAAGCACUGGACCCACCACUUAUGACUUCUUACGUAUUUGGAAGAAACGCAAAAGCAUUUUAUUUGUACCUCAGUUUGUUUCACAUCUCCGUGUGAAUUUUAUUUUAUGUAUUUGCGAUGCAUAGUAUUCAUUUAUGUCUGUGAUAUAUAUAAAGUUGCCAUAGUAACUUAAGUAAUUGGCUAUGUGGAAACAUAUGCCAUUCAUACAUGUUGCUACUACUAUUAGGGCUUGGAGCGUUUGAGUUAGAGAUGCAUUUUUCAUGUUAAUUGUUAAAUUUGUAUCCAUCUGAGAUGUGUCAUGCAAAAAUGGGUAUUAUGCCAUGUGGUGGCAGCGUAUCCCCUACGACCAGUGUGCACAUUCACGCAGUCUGGUCAGGAGCUACCCUGUCAACUAGUUAGUCCUAAAUGGUUUCUUGGUUGCAUUGGCAGACAUCAUUACUCCCUAUUAGAGUAUACAUAUGCAGAGGCAUGUCUGGAGCUAAACUGGUCAGAUAUGUCCAAUGGUCCAAGACCAUGAUCACAUGUUUGUAUUAAUUAGCAUAUAAUGACAUACAUUUUGUUUAGACCUCUGAAUUAUGAAGACAACAUUUAUAAAUUGAUGUGUGAUUAAGGAUAGCAGAAACCAAAUAACAAGAUAAUAGUGAUUUCAAAAUCUCAAUUAUUAUCAAAUAUUUCACUAUACACCACAGUAGGUGUUUUUAUACAUGGCAUGAUUAGGAGGCACUUUGCACCUCAUCAUACAUUCAAUUAUAAUAAUGAAAGAACAUGGGGAUGUCUGAUGUAAAACGGAUAGAUUUUAUAUCCUUAUGAAUUAUAUACUUUUUAAUGUAGGAUAAAUUUGUGCAGCAUUAUUCUUGUGAUUUUGUACAUUGUAUACAAUUGUUAAUAUUUUAUUGUUUGAACCAAGGACUUUCACAGUCCUUGCAAAUGUGUGUGUGUAGAGAGAUUGUUGUAUUACUAGGUUCAUAAUGAAUUCAAAGAAGCAAAAGAACAUAUGCAGUACAGUAUUAAUGCAUAGAGAAUAACAGGUAACUGCCUGAUGGUUUUGUAAUAAAUUAGGCGAGGCUUAAAAUAAAAUUAAUGGCGAGGCUUGCAGAGCCGUUAUUUUAUUCGUGCAAAACCUGAUAUAUUGAGAUACAAUCUCACAGUAAUCUGUUUUUCUGUUUAUCAUACCUCUAUGUCCCCUAUUUUAUAAGAAAUAAAAAAAACAAUCGCUAGAACGCUGCAUUUUUUGCGGGAAUGAAUAUGAUUUUUGAUGCUUGGUGUGUCCUUGCGCUUAAUAUUUGUAAAACAUGUUUUUUGUUGAUUGUCUUGCUUUUUGUGUUUAAAAUAUAUAACAUCUUGCUAUCAUAUUGCUUUUCCUGUUAAAUCUGAUUCUAUUUUAACUAAAAUGAUAACUUUAUAGUUAAGGCUGAUUAAUUGAACUACCUCCAAACAUUGACUGAUAUAACAGCUUCCUGUUGAACAGAUAUAUUAUAAUAUAUCAGGCAGCAUUAUAUCGGGCAGAUAUAUCAAAGUAGGAGUAUGAUCAUUUUUGAUCAUAGAAAAACAAGUUUGUUGGAUGUUUUCUUUAAGAUUUAUAUUCCCACUGAAUGUAAGAACUUUAAACAUAUUUGCAUUCUUUUCAUGAUUGCCAAGUUUACUACGAAUUAUUUAAAGAAACAUCUAUAUUUCAUUCUUGUUCACAUUAAUAUUUUAUCUUUAUAUUAAAUAGCUGUGUUUUGUAUUAUGUAAUAGCUCUUGCAUACUUAUGACAUUCAAUUACUGAGCCUUCAUGGUGUGUUUUAAGAACUUUCUUGUUUUCAUUGAUACAUAUAAUAAUAAUGCUAUUCAAAGUUAUUGAACAAUACUUAACAAAAACAACUACUGAACGGUAAUAUAAUUCUUGUGUUCUAUUCAUGCUUAUUUUCUUUUUUUUGAAAAACUGAAAAUACAAUAUUAUAUAAAUAUAUAUAUAUAUAUAUUUUUUUAUAAAUAUAUAUGGAAAUAUGGGCCAAUUGCACGAUUUGAGGAUUUUACACAUACCAGCAGUAAACUCUUGACACUAGUUUGUUACACGUACCAGCAGUAAACGCUUGACACAAGUUUGUUUUUAACACGUACCAGCAGUAAACUCUUUACACAAGUUUGUUUGGAUUGAACACGUACCAGCAGUAAACUCUUGACACUAGUUUGUUUUAACACCUACCAGCAGUAAACUCUUGACACGUACCAGCAGUAAACUCUUGACACUAGUUUGUUUUAACACGAACCAUCAGUAAACUCUUGACACUAGUUUGUUUUAAAGUGAGAACUGUCAGGUUAAGGGAAGGGAAUGGCAAAUUGAUCAAACUUUUCUCGGCAAUCUACCACAAUAGAAAAUUCAUUCAGCAUUAAAAAAUAUAUUUUGAUGGACGUUAUUGAUAUAUUAUUAAAUAGUAUCAAAAUAUAAAACGUAGCAUGUUGAAUGUGUGUCUUUGAAUGAAAUUCUGCUGUGUAUUGUGUUGUGUGGGCGUAUGCUUAUGUUAUUAAAAGGUGCUACAUAUUAUUUGAAAAUAUUUAAUGAAUAUCUUUGUUAUUAAACUAAACAAAUACCUUUUUGUGUUUUAGGGUGUGAUUUGACAUUUAUCACAUGUGAUCGAUCAAAUGUAAACAGUAUAUAAGUCAAUAUAUAAAAAGCAACAAUAUGUAACAUUUAUAUAUUAAAAUAAUAAGAGAUAAUGUUUUUUUGUAGUCUGGAAAACAAACAAUGUUUUGGCAGCUUUCACCGUAAUAUAAAGUUUAAUUUUGAAAAAAAAAAAUAUCAGCAAAAAUUGUCUUUCUUGAUACUUACUUUUUUAUAACAAUUUUAUCAAUAUACUAUCUCACUAAGAAAAUAAAGGUACGUGAUAAUAUUCACAUCAUUAUGUAUCUAUAUUUAUGGGAAUACAGUCAAUAUGCCCUUUAAACAUGCCACAUAUUAGUUUGUUGUGACAAUGAUUAUUAAGCAUGAUCAACAAUUAUUUUGUAAAAUAUAUAAACCCCCUGUCUUAAUGUUGUGCCUAUAUUAUACAAAAAUAAUUAGUGUGCAUUUCUUACUGGCAUGUGGUUCAUGUUUGUUUUUUAAUGACCAUUUUAAACAUUACGCUGGAGAAAUAUACUGUGUUGAGUACAUAUUUAUUGAACUAAAAGACAUAAGAUAUGAUUCUUGUAAAUUGAUAUUUCAAUCGUAUAUACGUACAUUUCAUUUGCAUUUCUUUGUGUGAGUAGUAUUGUGCUUUUGUUGGGUUUGUCUCAGGUACAGUCUAGUCAAAUUUGUACAUUUAUUUCUGUACUUUUAAUUAUCUGUUUAUUGUUAUUUGUGUAUUAGAUCUGAAUAUAUACAAAAUAAAACGACUCUACAUACAAAGAUGAAUCUACUACUAAUUUUGAAAUUCUCAUAUUGAAAGAUAUAAUUACACAUUAAAAAUAAUCAAGUUAUGUUGGGACUGUCCUAAAAAUUAAAUACAUCCUAAUACACUAUUAUAUGUUGAGACUGCCUAGUUAGUUUUAUUCCAUGUCUCAGAAACACACAAACAUUUCAACUGCUAGAAUGUGUACAUACAUUUAGAUUUGUGUUAUGGAUUUCCUACGAAUAUAUAUUUUUUUAUAUCUGUUACCUAACAGGAAAUGUAUAAUUCCAAUAUCUUGUUCAUAAAUAUUUAUUUCUUGUAUCAUGGUAAGGUAGGAUUAUAUUAUAUUUUAAUAUUAGGACUGGAGCCGUUUGUUUUAGACAUCCCAAGUUUAUUCUUGCUUUUCAAAGAAUUGCAUCAUCAAGUGGCCUCAUAUACAAACAUGUUAAUUGUGCUAAGGUCCUCGUUGCUGUGCUUUUCACGAAGCAACCACCAACAGAUGGACUCAACUUUUUUUGUAUGCUCCCAUAGUUAUUUAUAACGACAUGGAUACCAUUGUGGGUGUAAUGGUGUGUAAAUAAUAGACGAGACGAUGAUUAACAUGCUAUAACUGUACAUAUUUCAUUAACUUCAGUCCAUUUUUACCACUUCAUUAAUAUAGUGCUGUACAUGUACAUUAUAAAAUAUUGUACAAUAUGCUUUACAUGUCAUUAUAUAUAUAUGUUAUUUAUAAGUGCAUUCACGUUUUGUCAUGCGUUUUUUUAUAUUCGAGUAUUAAAUUGCUGUCUUGUUAAAUUUAUGUUGCAAAGGACUAAAGAAACUUGUUACAAAAUUA